UAUAUUUCUUGUUGUGCAAUUAAAUACAUAAGAGCAUAAUAAUAAUGGAAACAUUUAUGGAUGAAGCAUUCAUGGAGGCACGUCAUGCAUUAGCUGUUGGCGAAGUGCCGGUUGGAUGUGUUUUUGUUUGGGAUAACGAAAUUAUAGCACGUAGUAGAAAUUAUGUUAAUGCAACAAAAAAUGCUACACGCCAUGCGGAGUUCGUAUGUAUUGAUCAAGUUUUAGAAUAUUGUAAAAGCAAUGGAUUGGAUAAUAGUGAAGUCUUCAAGCAGAUAUCUGUGGUUGUCACCGUAGAACCCUGCAUCAUGUGUUCAGCUGCAUUGCAUACGUUGGGUGUUAAAGAAAUUUUAUAUGGUUGUGCUAACGAUCGUUUUGGCGGUAAAACGGUUGUGAAUGUUGCAGAAGUUGUAGGCACUAAUUUACCUAUACGUGGUGGCAUACGCGCUGCAGAAGCUAUGGAUUUGCUUAAAGAGUUUUAUAAAGGUGUUAAUCCAUCGGCACCAGUACCAAAUACACGAAAGUAAUAAGUUGUGGUUUCGCAUUAGUUAUGAUUACGUUAUCCUUUUUUGAAUCCAUCCACAUCCAUCUUAAACAGAAAGACAAAAACGCAGAUUAAGAUUAUACGUUGUAAUAAUUGUUAAACAGAAGUAACUAAAAUCGUGACAAUAAUCUGCAUUGAAAGAAGUUGAUUAUAAGCAAAUUAGUUCUGACUUUCUGAGAUAUAUAAUAUUCUCUCUCUCUCUGUAUCAUCAUAUACAGCGUUAUGUUGAGAGGUUAAUUUUUUACAAAGCUCUACUACUUCCACAGGUAGAGUUACUACUAGCGAAAUGACGGUCAUUACUGAAAUGUAAUAGACUAUAUAGUUAGAAUCUAAUAGAUUGGCACUACAUUGUAAGAGUACGGAGAGCUAUUUAUUUGCUAUUGUUCUUGCGUUUUCGUACAACCAGUUAUAAGCAAAAGCCUUAUUACAUUUAUAUUAAUAAAGCAAUAAUACUUAAG